CUUCCUUCCUUCUCGUUGGCAGUUUUCGAUACUCUCUCACUUCCUCGUCCUUCUCCUACUUCCACUCUCUCUCACUCACUUCCAAGCUCCCCCUCCCCUGUUUUCUCUCCUCUUUCUCUCUCCUCCUCUCCAUUUAUGUGAAACCCUAGCGAACCAAACAACAACAACUAGAAGAAUUCAACAAUGGUGUACACGAUUUCUGGAAUUCGUCUUCCGUCUACUGUUCCGUCCAUUCAUAACAAAACGAGCUGUUUCCAUGGCGAUAUUCGGAGAAACUCCUCUUUCUCUCUCUUCCUCAACAACAAGUCUUCCGCCUCUCUUUCUCGGAAGAUUUAUGCUAAGAAGUCCUCCUAUGAUUCUGAUUCUCCUUCUGCAACAUUAGCGGACUCUCAAAAAAUACUUGUUCCCAGUGGUGAGGCUGAAGGUUCUCUGUCUGAUGAAAGCUUGACUUCUGAUCCGAAUCUGAAUGUCCCUGAGGGAUUCCAUGAUUUUGAUGUACAAACUAUGAAAGAAGGCAAAGAGAGUGAGGCUGACAAGCAUGGCUCUGUGGCUGCAACUCGUAGUGAAGAUAAAGAUGUGCAAAAUUUUGUCACCAGAAGAACAGUUCCUCCACCAGGGAAUGGGCAGAAAAUAUAUGAGAUAGAUCCACUUUUGAAAGAUCAUCGUACACAUCUUGAUUACCGCUAUUCAAUGUACAGAAAGUUACGUGAGGAAAUCAACAAGUAUGAAGGUGGCUUGGAGGAAUUCUCUCGUGGGUAUGAAAAGAUGGGUUUCAACCGCAGUGCUGAAGGGAUAACAUACAGGGAAUGGGCACCUGGAGCAAAGGCGGCAUCAUUGGUUGGAGACUUCAACAAUUGGAACUCUAACGCUGAUGUCAUGACUCGGAAUGAAUUUGGUGUUUGGGAGAUCUUUUUGCCUAAUAAUGCAGAUGGUUCACCAGCUAUCCCUCACGGCUCUCGGGUGAAGAUUCACAUGGAAACUCCUUCUGGAAUCAAAGACUCUAUCCCCGCUUGGAUCAAAUUUUCUGUACAGGCGCCAGGUGAAAUUCCAUACAAUGGGAUCUAUUAUGACCCACCAGAGGAGGAAAAAUACAUUUUCAAGCAUCCUCAACCAAAGAGACCAAAAUCACUAAGGAUUUAUGAGUCACAUAUUGGCAUGAGUAGUACGGAACCAGUCAUUAAUACAUAUGCAAACUUCAGAGAUGAUGUGCUUCCUCGAAUAAAAAGACUUGGUUAUAAUGCUGUUCAGAUAAUGGCUAUUCAGGAACAUUCAUAUUAUGCUAGCUUUGGGUAUCAUGUGACAAAUUUUUUUGCACCAAGCAGCCGCUUUGGUACUCCAGAAGAUCUCAAGUCCUUGAUAGAUAGAGCUCAUGAGCUUGGUAUAGUUGUCCUGAUGGAUAUUGUGCACAGCCAUGCUUCAAAUAACGUGCUAGAUGGGCUGAACAUGUUCGAUGGAACUGAUAGCCACUACUUUCACUCUGGAGCACGGGGUUAUCAUUGGAUGUGGGAUUCUCGUCUUUUCAAUUAUGGAAGUUGGGAAGUACUCAGGUAUCUUCUCUCUAAUGCAAGAUGGUGGCUUGAUGAAUAUAAAUUUGAUGGGUUUAGAUUUGAUGGUGUAACUUCGAUGAUGUACACACACCACGGGCUGCAGGUGUCAUUUACCGGAAAUUAUGAAGAGUAUUUCGGUUUUGCAACUGAUGUUGAUGCUGUUAAUUACCUGAUGCUAGUGAAUGACAUGAUACACGGGUUAUUCCCUGAGGCUAUAGCCAUUGGUGAAGAUGUUAGUGGAAUGCCAACUUUCUGUCUCCCGACGCAAGAUGGUGGUGUUGGUUUUGAUUACCGUCUCCAUAUGGCUAUUGCUGACAAGUGGAUAGAGCUUCUCCAAUUAAGAGAUGAAGAUUGGAGAAUGGGUGACAUCAUUCACACACUGACCAACCGAAGGUGGGAUGAGAACUGCAUAUCAUAUGCUGAAAGUCAUGACCAAGCUCUUGUUGGUGACAAAACGAUUGCAUUUUGGUUGAUGGACAAGGAUAUGUAUGAUUUUAUGGCUGUGGAUAGACCAUCAACUCCGCUCAUAGAUCGUGGGAUUGCAUUGCAUAAGAUGAUCAGACUUAUUACCAUGGGAUUGGGUGGAGAAGGAUAUCUCAAUUUCAUGGGAAACGAAUUUGGCCACCCAGAGUGGAUAGACUUUCCGCGAGGGGAUCAGCAUCUUCCAACUGGUAAAGUUGUCCCAGGAAACAAUAACAGCUAUGACAAAUGUCGGCGCAGAUUUGACUUGGGAGAUGCAAAUUAUCUUAGAUAUCGUGGACUGCAAGAAUUUGAUCAAGCUAUGCAGCAUCUGGAAGAAAAUUAUGGUUUCAUGACUUCAGAUCACCAGUAUAUAUCACGGAAAAGUGAAGAUGAUAGGAUAAUAGUCUUUGAAAGAGGGAACUUGGUUUUUGUUUUCAAUUUUCAUUGGUCGAAUAGCUACUUCGAUUACCAGGUUGGCUGCUUGAAGCCGGGGAAAUAUAAGAUUGUUUUGGAUUCAGAUGAUCCGUUGUUUGGCGGAUUCAACAGAAUUGACCACAGUGCCGAACACUUCACCUUUGAGGGAUGGUAUGACAAUCGGCCUCGGUCCUUCUUGGUAUAUGCUCCUUGUAGAGCAGCCGUAGUGUAUGCUCUAGUAGAAGAUGAAGCAGAAGCAGCUCAUGCUCUAGUAGAAGAAGAUUCAGAACCAGGUCAUGCUCUAGUAGAAGAUGAUCCAGAACCAGCUAUGCAGGCUCUACCAGUAAAAGACGAAACAAAACCAGCUGAAGAAUAAUGCUUCAUUUGCAGAUUAGUUAUCUCAGAAUAAUUUAGUGGGACUUGGGGAGGAGGAUCUUGUUUCUGUUGUGGCCAUUUCUGCAGAAGCAUACACUCCGAAUCACAUUUAGGGGCUAUAGUAGUUGUUGCGAGUCCAGUGGUAGACUUCUUCGUAAUGAACGAUUUAGGAGUAGGCAGAAGAAAAAUAAAAAAAAUCGUUGGAUUACGGACGAAAGCUGAUUCAUGCGCUUAUAAGCCGUGUGUGGAUGGUUAUGAUAUCCUUUUGUAAAUCGUGGUGAGGAUACAUUAAUUAAUAAAUAGGUCUAAGAAAUAUCUAUGCAAGGUAAUUCAUAUUCUUGA